AUGCCUUCGGACGGAAAUUUUGGCGUGUUUGCCCUCUCGUUGAAGCCCGGCCAGAGUCAAGUCGCUUCGGCGCCGCAAGUGGACGAUCUGGGGCGGGAGCCACGGCAGCGGAAACGGCAUGCCAAAUCUCGUGCUGGAUGCUUCACGUGUAAGUCGUCCAGAGUCAAGUGCGACGAAGUCCGCCCCGUCUGCUCGAGGUGCUCUUCCAGGAACUUGCCCUGCCAUUAUGAGUUUAGCAUCAUGGCAAUGCUACCAAAGGUCUCCCGACAACAGAUGUACAACCAGAGAGCCGGUCUGGGCCCCAUUCCCAAGCCACUCGACCAGGGGCUCGACAUGUCCAGUCUGCAGCUCAUGUAUCAUUUUGAUCACUGCACAGCGCCGACACUCGUCUUCGGCAGCUCAAACGAAGUCGUGAUGCACGCCGUGUUAAUGAUUGCGGCAUCUCACCAACGAAGCCUCUGGCCCAACAACCCAGCACACAACAAAUCCAUGGCCUACCAUCUCGACCUCACUCUCUCCGGCUUCCGAGACCUCUUAUCGCAGGGCACAGACGACUUCAACCACGACGUAAUCAUCGCUUGCGCCCUCCUCUUGGUGCACUAUGCCUGGUCCAUGCCCUUCUUCACGUACGAAGACGACAAGAUCGACAUGAAAAGCGAGCCCGACAGACUACUCAAGUUUGCAGCCGGCCUCAAGACGGUCAUGAAGGCCAUGAAGGAGGACAAACGAUACACAAACGGCAUCUUCAAGACGCCCAUGUCCUACGCCAGCAUCGAAGAGUUCCGGCAGUUCGAAGCAGGCCUGCGAGACGCCUUUGUCUUUGACGACUUCUUCUUCAGCGCGCGAACGAUUCCCCUGAGCCGUGCCGCCGGAUGCUGCAUCGACUCGGGGGACUUCAACGCCUGUGACCGGCUGACGCCGCUUCUUCGAACAAUGGACGCUGCGGCAAAGGGCCGGGUCAUCAAGCCUUUGUUGCCGCAGAUAGGGGUCUACACUCUCUUUUGGCCUGCCAAGGCGAGCAAGGAGUUUGAAGAGGAGGUGUCGCAGAGCCAGACGCAGUCGCUGGUCAUCAUGCUCUGUUUCUACGCGACUGCUUGGCGGCUUCUGUCAAAGGAGGUUUGGUGGGCGACGGCGCGCACAAAGGUCAUGUGCGAGUCCAUCUUUGAGCACCUGGACAGGCAUAGGGAUGAGAUUUGGAUGGCGGAUAUCGACAAUAUUCGUCGCUAUUUCAGGUUUGCGCCCAACGGUGCUGGCGGGUGGGAGAUUGACAGUCCGAAUUUCAAGUCUUUAUUUCAAGUUCUCUGA